UGCUUGGAGCUCAGACAACAAAGACAGAGUGUGGCUGGGUUUCUCUCUCUUAGCAUCUCCACCCUGCGAGCUGAAAAACCGCUUCACACCUCUAGGGCUCACCGAGCUAUGGAACUUGAUUUUGGACACUUUGACGAAAGAGAUAAGGCGUCCAGAAACAUGCGAGGCUCCCGUAUGAAUGGCCUGCCUAGCCCCACUCACAGUGCCCACUGUAGCUUCUACCGGACCAGGACCUUGCAAGCGCUGAGCAACGAGAAGAAAGCCAAGAAGGUGCGCUUCUACCGCAACGGGGACCGCUACUUCAAGGGGAUUGUGUAUGCUGUUUCCGGAGAUCGCUUCCGAAGCUUUGACGCCUUGCUUGCUGACCUGACCCGGUCUCUGUCUGAUAACAUUAACCUGCCUCAGGGAGUUCGCUACAUUUACACCAUCGAUGGCACCAGAAAGAUUGGGAGCAUGGAUGAGCUGGAAGAAGGGGAAAGUUACGUAUGUUCAUCUGACAACCUUUUUAAGAAAGUGGAGUAUACCAAGAAUGUCAACCCCAACUGGUCUGUCAACGUGAAAACCUCCGCCAACAUGAAAGCGCCUCAGUCCCUGGCCAGUAGCAACAGUGGUCAGGCCAGGGAGAACAAGGAUUUCGUGCGCCCCAAGUUGGUGACCAUCAUUCGGAGUGGGGUGAAACCCAGGAAGGCUGUCCGUGUGCUGCUGAAUAAGAAGACGGCACAUUCCUUUGAGCAAGUUCUCACCGAUAUCACAGAAGCCAUAAAGCUGGAAACAGGAAUCGUCAAAAAGCUGUACACGCUGGAUGGAAAGCAGGUAAGACCAUUUUGUUCAAAUGCCCUCAAGCCUUCCAAAGUUUCACAACAGUACAAAGAGUGGAAGGAAAUACACACAUAGAAUUGUGUGGCAUUUGCUCCAAAUAC